AUGAAUUGUCAGGUCAGGUGGAUUUCCGAGCGACUGACGUGUCUUUUUGUAGAGCGCUCCCAGCUUUCUACGGAGGUGGAAGCCUUGCGAGACAAGCUGAGUCAAGCGGAGACUUUGCAGACGACACAGGCUAAAGAGACCGCAAAUGAGCACGUGAACGAUCUGUGCAAACAGCUGUCUGCCCACAAGACAAUGCUGGAGCACCUUCAAACACAGUUAGAGAAUUGCAAUAACGAUCUUCGUGCAGCACAUCAAGAUGCUGAAGAGAAGGAAUUGUGA